ACUUGUUCAUUUUAGCUCAACUUUGACCCCUUUCUAAUUUCACUUUGGUCCACUUUAGUCCAUCGUUUAUCCACCUUCCCAAGUAAGCCCCGCUACUUUUUAAAAAGUCAAAAAGAACCCCAACCGUCUCUCCCUUUUAUAUACACACACACCACUCGAACGACUUUACCUUCCCCAAACCAACAAGAACUCUCUUCUCUUUGUUCGAACGCAUGACAAUGGAUUGGUUCUCAUGGCUAUCGAGAACGAACCUCGAAGAUUCGCUCAUCUACGAGUACGGUCUCUCCUUCUCCCACAACGAGCUAGAAUACGAAGACAUCGCUUACUUCAACCACGAGUUUCUCCAAAGCAUGGGUAUCUCCAUCGCCAAGCACCGCCUCGAGAUCCUCAAGCUCGCUCGGAGGGAUAAGAAACCGUCUCCGCUCACCGCUCGUUCGAUUUCUCGAGUCUUGGUCGCGAUUAGGAAGACAGGGAAGUGCUUCUCGGAGUACGUUAGGGCGUGGAUCCGACGCGAGGAGUCGUCUCGGGCUCUGGUGGUUGUGCCGAGAAGCAGCGGGAACGGGAGGUGGAAAGGCGCUUUGAUGAAGAGGAACAAGAGGUCCGUGACGCCGAGUAGCGGACUCAAGGAAGAGAGGCUUCUGCUGACGAAUGGGACUCCGUGUAGGCUCGAGAGCUUCUCGAGUUCCACGGUUUUGGAUUACGGUUUGAAAGAGGAGAAAGGUUGUGACGUGGAGGAAGAGAUUAAGUGGGAUUCAAUGUUUCAAAAUCUGAAACCCACUUGAAGUUUGAUGAUGAUGAUGGAUCAGGUAGAUGGUGACUUUUAGAGUUCUUCCACCAACACAUGUAUUUGUUUAGCUUUCUUGUUUCCGAGUGUGUGUGUGUGUGUUUAUUGAUUAGAUUUAGAAUAUUUAAUUAUGUCUUGUUUAGAAUCAUAUCCAUCUUUUGCUUAUGAGAAAAGACCAAACAGAGGAAACUCUGUUUUUCUCUCUCAUUUCUAUUACAUGACUCGUUUCUGAUUACAAGAUUUGUCUUUAGAGUGUUUAAUCUUUUAGUUAUUGAUUUCUCAACAAUUGAUUGAUC